ACUCACUUACUCACUGAUCCAAACUCUCUCUACAAAUCAGUUCUCUCCCAUUCUAUUUAUUUAAACAAAAAGAACCCUUUGAUUGUGUAUUGAUUGUGUACUCCAUCAUUUGACCAAAUAUAUUUAAGGCAAGCUAUACCAUUUUCAAUUAGAGACAACAUGCAGAUCCUUCAAUGGCUAUUGAAGCUAGCAGAACAAGAAGCUUCUAGAAUAGCAACUCCCAUCACUAAACAUACAUUGCAGAAGAGGAAGAAGAAGACAUCGGAGAAUAAGGUUUUGCCCAUAGCUGGUUCGUCUGACCAGUCCUGGUCGAGCAACGAGCUCGCUGAUUCAGACAAGACGAAAAAGAAGAAGAAGACAACGACAACGAAGAAAGCAGUUUCGAGGAUGAAGGAGUUGCUCAAAAGGGCUGUGAAUUGGAAGAAAGGAGGCUCAAAGCAGGUGGAUUAUGAUGUAGAUUCUCCAAAGAUGAGGUUUGGAGAUGAUGAGAUAGAAAAGUGGAUCAACACUAUAGAAAAGUGGAUCACCACUGAUUCUGAAUUUGUUGUGCUGGAAUUAUCACCAACAACUUCAUCGUGUGGCUGACUUACCUCGUACACGAUCAUGCGAAGUUGAGCAUGUCCAAGAAACUCGUGGGGUCGGACAUAGCUAGCAAAAAAAUAGUAGCCAACGUCGGAAGGCUGAGGUGGUGCGGGGGAUGUGGUUAGUAGAGAAAUACCAGAAGUGAACUCCAUUCCAAAGGGAUGGGGCUGAGCUGCCGCACGUGAAGUCGACGACAACUCCAAAAGCAGAAUUUAAUGAAGUCAACUAUGAGCAGGCUGCGGAUGACGAUGGGGAUGGUGGAGAGGACUCCGAUGAGUGAGCCGGGCCACGUGUUGAAGCUUGAAGAAUGAAGUUUUUUUUUUUUUUUGUAUUAGUUGUUAAAUUUUAGGAGGAGUUGUGUUAGGUGAAGUAAGUAGAGAGAAAAAAUUAUUAAAUUUAAAUAAUAAUAAUAAUAUUGUUUUAAGAAGCAUGUGCGUAUAUACUUGUUUAGAAAAUGAAUAUUCUUGUGCAGUUUAUGAAUAGCUUAAAUUACCUAAUAAAUGAGGCAUUUUCAAAA